GAGGAGACUUUGCAAACAGCAAUCUUGGGGCAGGGGCCAUUUUGGAAGCAUCUUGCGAGGCUCCGCUUCUUCUACAAGUAUGGAGAAGGCAAAAGGCAAGGAGUGGACCUCCACAGAGAAGUCGAGGGAAGAGGAUCAGCAGGCUUCUAAUCAACCAAAUACAAUUGCUUUGCCAGGAACAUCAGCAAAGAGAACCAAAGAAAAAAUGUCUGUGAAAGGCAAUAAAGUGCUCUGCCCUAAGAAGAAGGCAGAGCACACUGACAACCCCAGACCUCAGAAGAAGAUACCAAUCCCUCCAUUACCCUCUAAACUGCCACCUGUUAAUCUGAUUCACCGGGACAUUCUACGGGCCUGGUGCCAACAAUUGAAGCUGAGCUCCAAAGGCCAGAAAUUGGAUGCAUAUAAGCGCCUGUGUGCCUUUGCCUACCCAAAUCAAAAGGAUUUUCCUAGCACAGCAAAAGAGGCCAAAAUCCGGAAAUCAUUGCAAAAAAAAUUAAAGGUGGAAAAAGGGGAAACGUCCCUGCAAAGUUCUGAGACACAUCCUCCUGAAGUGGCUCUUCCCCCUGCAGGGGGCCCGCCUGCCCUGGAACAUUCCACUGCUCUCCUUGAGGGAGUUAAUACAGUUGUGGUGACAACUUCUGCCCCAGAGGCUUUGCUGGCCUCCUGGGCGAGAAUUUCGGCCAGGGCGAGGACGCCAGAGGCAGUGGAAUCUCCACAAGAGGCCUCUGGUGUCAGAUGGUGUGUGGUCCAUGGGAAAAGUCUCCCUGCAGACACAGAUGGUUGGGUUCACCUGCAGUUUCAUGCUGGUCAAGCCUGGGUUCCAGAAAAGCAAGAAGGGAGAGUGAGUGCACUCUUCUUGCUUCCUGCCUCCAAUUUUCCACCCCCGCACCUUGAAGACAAUAUGUUGUGCCCCAAAUGUGUUCACAGGAACAAGGUCUUAAUAAAAAGCCUCCAAUGGGAAUAGAAUAUCAGGAAAAAGGCCACAUCUAUGGUAAUUAAUGGCAGAAAAGCUGGAGAGUUGGAUUCUGUGGUGUUGCUGACAGGUGAACUCUGGUCCUCUGUACACCUGUUUAUGGGCCAUGCAGACUGGUGGGGUGGCAGAUGUGAGCCUAAGACCCCUAGCAGUGCCUGUUGCUUUGUGAGUGGAGAUAGAGACUCUUACAUUUAAAAAUGGAAAAACAUUUCACAAAUUACCAUAAAUUGUAGUUAAUAUGUAGAAAAACUCAUUCAUACUGCUUUUUUAAAAUAGACGUGACUUCAGCAGCAGCUCUCUUUUGUUGUAUUUUGAGACAGUGUCUCAUUGUUGCCCAGGCUGGAGUGCAGUGGUGCAAUCUCUGCCUCCUGGGUUCAAAUGAUUCUCCUGCCUCAGCCUCCUGAGUAGCUGGGAUUACAGGCACCUGCCACCACACCCAGCUAAUUUUUUGUAUUUUUAGUAGAGAUGCGGUUUCACCAUGUUGGCCAGGCUGGUCUCAAACUCCUGGACUCAAGUGAUCCACCCUUCUCAGCCUCCCAAAAUGCUGGGAUUAUGGGCAUGAGCCCCUGCACCUGACCUUCAACAGCUCUUUUAAGUGAGUUCUUCAGCUGAGCAUUGUGAAGGAGUGAAAUGGUAGUUGGCUCUUGUGCUCAAUUUUUUCUUCCUCUGAACACUGACUACUUUAGGAGCUGCUUCAUUCCAAUUGCUGUUGCAUAAAACGUAAAGUAUUUUAAGGCAAAGAAAGUUUGUUAAUUCUCUCCCUCCCCUAAACACGUGAUUUUUAAUAUUCAAAACAAUAUUUUUCAAAGUUCUCUUAAUAACCUGAGAUUUCUAUGGUUUGACUCCAGGAAAACACAAGGGACUUUGUAUUAUUUCACUUAUAAUUGUUUUAUAUAUUUCUGGUGUUUAAAAUGUUUAAGAUUGCUUCCCACUCAUAAAUACAUAAUAUAUUGAACUUAAAAUGUGUUUAUUAACCGAUUCUCCAUAAAUAAAAAUAAAAAUAAAUUAUUUUACAUAUGUAAAAUAAUUCAUCUGUUGUAUUUAGAGAAAACCAUAUUCAUUACAUGCAAAUUUUAUCGUUAGUGUUCUUAAAAGUAGGAGUAAACCAAAACGUGUGAUUUUUCUUUUGUAUGACUCGUUUGUUAGUUGGUGGUAUGGGUUGGAUCAUUCGUUUUUAAAACUACUUAAGUAUGAUUGACAUACAAAAAGCUGUACAUAUUUAAUGUAUCCUAUUGUGUAAUUUUUGAUUUUUUUUGUGUACUUCCUAAAUUUAUAGUACUGCGAGUCUGGGAACAGAUCUGUCUUUCACUUAUCCUGAUUUAAUGACAGUUACCAACAUUGUUUUGUUAUUACAAGUAGGGGAUCUUUUUUUUUUUUGCCCCUUUAAUGAAGAUACUAAAAAUAAUGCACUGGAAGGAGUGGCAGAGUUGGAAAAUUUGUAACCAUCAUAAUACAGGUGUAAUAGGUUUGGGAAAGAAUCCUCAAAUGUUAAAGCAAGGGAGGAAAGUUUGUUGAGAAGCAAGAUGUUCUUCACUCCUGCCCCCCCAUUGGUUGUUGGUGGUCAGAAUUGUUCAGUGUAAUAAAUAAUAGACAUUUUUUUUCUUAUACUAUGUGUAUUGUUCGUUUUGUUUCCUUUUUAAACUUCUCCCCUACUUUAUUUGGAUGGGUCAAGUUUCUAUCCUGUUUCCUUUCUAUUAAUUUGGAAAUGUCCUUUGCUUUAUGAUGCUGCUUGUAGAUAUCUCCCUGUUUCUAACACAUUUCAAUAAACUUAAAUUUCUCUCUAUACAAAAUAAAUUAAUAAUUGGAGUCU